CUUACGAUAAUCUUGAUAAACAUUUUGUGAUCUUAUAUAAAGUCAUCAGAUUUGAUUAUUUGGUCAUACUUCUUUUUGCUGUCCUCAGAAAAAACAAAAUGAAGUUCUUGGUGGUGUUCGCUGCUUUAAUAUUGGUCAUCAGUGCCGCGUCUGACAGAGACCAGUGGCUGCAAUUCAAGGAAAAAUAUGGCAAAGACUACAGGGACCUCAAGGAAGAACAGAGACGCUUCUCCAUCUUCAAGGAUAACUUGGUGACCAUCCAAGAACAUAACGAGAAAUACGCUAAGGGGGAGACGUCAUACUACAUGGGAGUCACCCCUUUCGCUGAUCUUACUCCCUCUGAAUUCAGGUCUACGCUCAACUACUCCAGGCCCACUUCCAACUUGAAACUGAAGUCUUUAGUCGACCUUGACGCCGUUGCUGCGCCCAGCUCUAUCGACUGGAGGGACAAGGGAGUCGUUUCUGAAGUUAAGAAUCAAGGCAGUUGUGGAGGUUGCUGGGCUUUCAGCGCCACUGGAGCCAUGGAAUCUGCCUACGCCAUCAAGACGGGAAAGCUCCUUUCUCUGAGCGAGCAGAACUUGCUCGAUUGUACGACGGGUUACGGAAAUGCUGGAUGCAAUGGGGGAACUGUCGAUUACUCCUUCGAUUACGUGAUAGACAACGGUAUCGAAUCGGAAUCUGACUACCCCUUCCAAGGCGUAGACGGAAGUUGCUCUUAUUCCCAAUCGCGUUCUGCUUUACAAAUAUCGAGUUAUGUCUGUUUAACCUACGACAGCGAAAGCGAAUUGCAAUCGGCGGUUGGUACUAUUGGACCAAUUUCAGUUUCCCUCGACGCAGACGGCUACCAAUUCUACUCUGGAGGAGUUUAUGAUGAUUCUUCUUGUACCUGGAACGUCAACCACGGUGUCCUGGUAGUCGGCUAUGGUGAGGAAUCCGGUUCCCAGUAUUGGCUCGUCAAGAACUCCUGGGGCGCGUCCUGGGGCGAGAACGGUUACAUCAAGAUGGCUCGUAACAAGAGCAACCAAUGCGGUAUCGCCUUGUGGGGCGUCUAUCCCGUAAUAUAAAGUGCUUGACUGAAAUGUAACAUGAACAAUAAAGGGAUACCAGUACGAUACUAA